CGCGCCUCCCAAGCAUAUAUACAGUCCCAUAUACCGAAAAAUGUCUACAGAAGUGGCUGUAACACACAAGGACCCUGUUACGGGGGAGAUAAUCUCCAAGACGGAGCUCAAGCGCCGGGAAAAACAGAGAGCAAAGGAAGCGAGCAAGGCGACUAAGCCGCCUCCAUCUGCAGCCAAGGCCAAGGCAGAGAGCAAGCCAUCCGACGACGACCUCAACCCUAACCAAUACUAUGAGCUGCGCUCACGGCAAAUACUGGCUCUCAAGGCCAGCCAGAACCCCAAUCCUUACCCUCACAAGUUUCAUGUGACGUCGUCCAUCACAUCGUACAUCCAUACGUACGGCGCCGAAGGCAAGAUCCUGCCUGGAACGAAGUUGGAGGGUACAACGGAGAGCCUUGCUGGCCGGAUCCACAACAUUCGUUCGAGUGGAUCUAAGCUUGUCUUCUAUGACUUGCAUGGCGAGGGGAAGAAGGUCCAGGUUAUGGCUACCCAGCAAGAUGCCUCCGAUCCUUCUACCUUCGAGGCUACCCACGCCAUCUUCAAGCGCGGCGACGUCGUUGGUGUCACCGGCGUCCCAUCACGCACCAAAAAGGGCGAGCUCAGCAUCUCACCGAGCGCCAUGACUCUCCUUUCUCCCAACCUACAUCAGCUGCCCUCCUCUCACUUUGGGCUGAAGGAUCAGGAGACCCGCUACCGAAAGCGUUAUCUCGACCUCAUCAUCAGCGAAAAUACACGAAACAUCUUUAUACGUCGCAGUAAGAUCAUCAACUACAUCCGCCGCUUCCUGGACGACCUCGGUUUCAUAGAGGUCGAGACGCCGAUCACCCAGAUGAGUGCAGGAGGUGCCACGGCUAAGCCAUUCAUCACCCACCACAACGACCUGGACCUGAACCUGUUCCUCCGUAUCGCGCCUGAGCUCUACCUCAAGGAGCUCGUUGUCGGUGGCAUCGACCGCGUCUACGAGAUCGGACGCGUUUUCCGUAACGAGGGCAUCGAUAUGACGCAUAACCCGGAAUUCACGAUCUGUGAGUUCUAUAUGGCAUAUGCGGAUAUGUAUGACGUGAUGGAUAUGACGGAGUCGCUUGUGGAAGGCAUGGUCAAGUACCUUACCGGUGGGAGUACCCAGUUGGCGUUCCAUCCUGAUGGCAAUAAGGGUGAGCCAGGUGCGAGGGUGUACGAGCUAGAGUUCAAGAAGCCGUGGAAGAGGUAUGAUAUGAUCGAGACGCUAGAAGAAAAGUUGGGCACCAAGUUCCCGCCCGGUGAUACCCUUCAUACGGAAGAGGCGAAUAAGUUCCUGAGAGAGCUUUGUAUCAAGCAUAAUGUAGAUUGCGGUGAGCCUCGAACCAACGCUCGUCUGUUGGACAAGCUCGUUGGAGAGUUCAUCGAACCUCUCUGUAUAUCCCCAGCCUUCAUUGUCGGUCACCCUCAAGUGAUGUCACCUCUGGCCAAGUGGCACCGUUCUCGGCCAGGACUCUGCGAGCGUUUCGAAGGAUUCCUAUGUGGCAAGGAGAUCUGCAAUGCGUACACUGAAUUGAAUGAUCCAUUUGAGCAACGGCUGCGAUUUGAGGAGCAGUCACGGCAAAAGGAACAAGGCGACGACGAGGCCCAGGGUGUGGACGAGACUUUUAUUGAUGCUCUCGAGCAUGGUCUUCCGCCCACUGGGGGCUGGGGUAUGGGCAUCGACCGUCUGGUGAUGUUCUUGACGGAUUCUACAAACAUCAAGGAAGUUCUUCUGUUCCCAGCCAUGAAGCCGGACGUCACUGCAGGUGCGGCUCCGGUUGUUGUUGUACCUUAGAGUUUAAAUGGGGUGUGUAUGUGAUAGAGCGAGAUAGACAUGAUUGAUAAUGAUUGCUGUAUUCAUGCUAGCUAAUUCAGCGCCGACAAGCAAAAGCUGGCAGUUUUCCCUUCUCCGGUACCUCGCACUUUCGGGAGAUGAUACACCUUUGAUAUACUAUCCUAACACUAGUUAAGGUCAUCGGGACUUGGUGCACAGCUGGUACAUACAAAUUUGGAUAUACUUAAAAACAGAUAUAAUAGAUAUAAUGAAGGGAUG